UGCUCCUACGGUGGGAUGGUUUCACCCUGUUUCUUUUUCUCAGGGAGCGGAGCCACUGCAGUUGUCCAGGCAGCGUACUGCAAGCCGAGAAAGGAGAAGGUGGCCAUCAAACGCAUCAACCUGGAAAAGUGUCAAACUAGCAUGGAUGAGCUCCUGAAGGAGAUCCAGGCUAUGAGCCAGUGCCACCACCCGAACAUCGUGUCUUAUUAUACCUCCUUUGUGGUGAAGGAUGAACUGUGGCUGGUGAUGAAGCUGCUCAGUGGUGGCUCAGUGUUGGACAUCAUCAAGCAUAUCAUCUCUCGCGGCGAACACAAGUCCGGAGUGUUGGAUGAGGCCAGCAUCGCCAGCAUCCUGAAGGAAGUCUUGGAGGGGCUGGAGUACCUUCACAAAAACGGGCAGAUUCAUCGGGAUCUAAAAGCUGGAAACAUUCUUCUUGGCGACGAUGGCUCGGUGCAAAUUGCUGACUUUGGUGUGAGUGCCUUUCUAGCAGCGGGAGGAGACAUGACUAGGAACAAGGUUCGGAAGACAUUUGUGGGGACGCCGUGCUGGAUGGCGCCCGAGGUCAUGGAGCAGGUCCGCGGUUAUGACUUCAAAGCCGACAUCUGGAGUUUCGGGAUAACAGCCAUUGAACUGGCCACUGGAGCUGCACCAUAUCACAAAUACCCACCCAUGAAGGUGCUGAUGCUGACUUUGCAGAACGACCCUCCCUGUUUGGAGACGGGCAUCACAGACAAGGAAAUGGUGAAGAAGUAUGGCAAGUCCUUCAGGAAGAUGCUCUCUCUGUGUUUACAGAAAGAUCCUGAAAAAAGGCCGACUGCAGCUGAGUUGCUGAAGCAUAAAUUCUUCACAAAAGCCAAAGUGAGCCUUACAUCACUGUUAUUAAAAUAA